UCAGAGGAAAAAAGAAGUUGGAAAAGGCUUUAUUUCAGUCUCAGCAAGAUGUUAUGCACCUCACUGAAAAACUGGUCGGAGUUCAAUCAGGUACUUUUCAAAUGCUCGUUGACAGAUGUGUUUGAUUUUCGAAGUUUUGGAGUCAAGGCAUCGAUAUCUUUUUGGUGUGAAAGAAAGUUUUGCCUAAUAUAACUUGGCGUCUUGGAAAACAGAUAGACAAACUAUCUGGAAAAAAUCCAUUGCUAGACAGUAUAUAUUAGUUCGUGCUAUUCUCGCCUGUUUAUCUGAAUAGCUAUAGUUCUUCUUGUGUGCAUAUAGUAAGACUGGUGGUCCUUAGCUCAUACCGAGUAUUGGUCCAUUGCAGUUCUAGGUUUGAUUGCUGCGGUUAGCUUAAUACUAGUAACUUAAAACUUAAAACAGCAAACGUCCCAACGAACUUGGAAAUGUUUUAUGCAGAAAUGUUGUCUGGAUCAAUAGAAGUUUUACUUAGCGUGUAAGGGUUUGAAAUAUCAAGAGGUUCAGAAAUACACAAGCAAAACGAUUGCUGUUUACUUUUAAUAUCUAUAGUUCGGAUAACUAUAGCCUCAGUGUGUUAAUGAGCUUCUUAUGUUUUUAAUACAGUUAUUAGAGUCAAUAUUAAAAAGUUGCUGGGUUUUUUAUGUAGAUUUCGAAGACGCCAAAACAAAAUUGACAACUCUGAAUAACCAACUCGAAGUGAAAGAGGCUGAUAUUGACAGGUAUGUAUUCUGGUUACACCCUCUAAAACACCCAUCCGCCUAACAAAAUCUGGUUAAUUUAAUACCAGGACGUCUUUGUCGAAUAUAACCAGAUUCCUGGUUCCUGCAUGCAACCAGACUAUUAAUGAAUCCAAUCUUAGUUUGGUGUUAUUUGUUUUGCAGGCUGAAAGCCCAAGUAAAUGUUAAUAAAGUAAGUGAAAAAUAUUUUUCGAUGAAACUUAAUUUUUUUAAAAUAUUUUAAACUUAUCUUUUCUAUGUGUUCUUUCAGACUUUUGAAAGGGAAUGUGAUGAUCUGAGAAAGGGUUUACAGGCAAAAGAACAACAGCUACAGACAUACAGAACGGUGGGUGUCCAAUUUAAAACUGAUAAUACAAUCCAGUAUAGCUAGAGUGAGUUUAGGUUUCACUCGGUAUAAAAGGGAAGCAACAAGGAAUCGCCCAUAACCUCGAGAGAGGUGUCCAGUGAAGAUAAAUUAGUGAAAGUGUAGUUUUUUCCUGUAGAAAAGUGGCUCAAAUUUGGCCGGUAUAGGGGUUAUGCUCUAUAGGGGUUAUGCUCUUUCUAAAAUUUUCCUGGGGCGUCGGGGGCCCAUUCGUCAGAGAAAGCGCCUUUCACUUCUGAGAUCGUGGGUUCGAUACUUGCUGCGGACUCAUGUGGAAAGAAUCAAGCAGUCAACGCUCUACCAGAAGUCGUGAGUCUUCUCCGGGUGCUCCGGUUUUCUCCCACAGGCAGGGAAAGUUGACAGGGUGGGCAGGGCCGUGCCACGGUGAUACCCCCCCCCCCCGCCCCCCAAAAAAAUAAAAAAGGGGCCCAACUUGCGGAGAGGGGGCCCUGGAAAGCUGGAAUUGCGGAACCUGUUAAAUAUUAAAGGAAUUUUCUGGAAAAUUGGUCUAAAAAGGUCUUCAAAACUAAAUUUAAGCCCCCAUUAUGUAAACUUAGUGUUUGAAAAAAGUUUUGCGACCCUUCCCCCGUCGCCAGUAUUUUGCGGAAAAAUUUUUUGGUUUGGGGGGGGGGCAAAUGGGAGGGCCCCCAAAUUUUUUAUUUCACUCCCCCAACCAAAAACCACUUGGCACGGCCCUGGUUAUAAUGGUGAGAAAAGAAUGUCAGUUCUUUUCAAAUUCUUGAAUUUUGAGGCGUAUAAAUACAAUACUCAAUAGAUAAAGAUGUAGUUUAUUUUAUUGUCAAUUUGUUUUUAUUUUGAUCAGCGUCUGCUGCCACGUAACGCUUUAUUGAAAUCCAUCAAUUGA